UACCACAAAUACAACAAUGGGUGUGCCUGUCCUAAGAAAGUGAUAGCAUUAGCGAAGAUCCGAGAGAAGGAAAGAGAGAGACCAUGUACUAGAGACCCUGUAUUGGCCCUGCAUUCUCUACAAUGAACAAUGAGGAUGAGUUCUAUGAUGCCGUCACAGGCUUGGAUUCAGAUGAGUCAUGUGAAGGCACAUCAGUAGCCAGUUUUAAGGAUGCUGUAGUGUUUGACAGCAUUCAGAAGAACAAUGGAGCGGUUCCUCAGGAGAACGGAAUCAAGAAACGCAGGUCAUCUCUUCCUGCCCCCAUGUUCUCCAGAAAUGAUUUUAGCAUAUGGAGCAUCCUCAAGAAAUGUAUUGGACUGGAACUGUCUAAGAUCACCAUGCCCAUCGUGUUCAAUGAGCCCCUGAGCUUUCUACAGAGAAUCUCAGAGUAUAUGGAGCACACAUACCUCAUCCAGAAAGCCUGCUCACAGUCUGACUCUAUAGAGAGGAUGCAGACGGUUGCUGCCUUCGCUGUGUCUGCAGUCGCCUCUCAGUGGGACAGAACUGGAAAACCUUUCAACCCCCUUUUAGGAGAGACCUACGAACUUGCACGAGAGGAUCAGGGUUUCAGACUCAUCUCAGAACAGGUGAGUCACCAUCCGCCUGUCAGUGCGUUUCACGCAGAGAGUCUGAGCGGAGACUUCAUGUUCCAUGGCUCCAUUUACCCCAAACUCAAGUUCUGGGGCAAGAGUGUUGAGGCAGAGCCUAAAGGAACCAUCACACUAGAGCUUUUGAAGCAUAAAGAGGUCUAUACAUGGACGAACCCUUUCUGCUGUGUACACAAUGUAAUUCUGGGUAAACUGUGGAUUGAGCAGUACGGCACAGUAGAAAUUGUCAAUCACAGUACUGGAGAGAAGUGUGUGCUGAACUUUAAACCCUGUGGAAUGUUUGGAAAAGAGCUGCACAGAGUUGAAGGUUAUGUCCAGGACAAGAGUAAGAAGAAGCGCUGUGUAAUCUAUGGGAAAUGGACAGAGUGUAUGUGGAGUGUGGACCCACAGCUGUAUGAAGCCCAUCGGAAGCUUGAGAAGAAAGGAACGACAGACACUAAGAAACAGAAACAGGAGGAGACCGAAGGAGCCGGCAAUGAGGAUGCAGAUGAAAUGCCUGAUGUACAAGAGACUGUGGCUGUGAUUCCUGGUAGCACAUUACUGUGGAGAAUAUCAUCUAGACCACCUCAUUCAGCAGAGAUGUAUAACUUUACUCAUUUUGCCAUGACACUGAACGAGUUGGAGCCCGGCAUGGUGGGAGUGCUAGCACCAACAGACUGCCGCCUGCGGCCUGACAUCAGAGCCAUGGAGAAUGGUGACAUGGAUGAGGCCAGCAAAGAAAAGGAAAGGUUGGAAGAGAAACAGAGAGCGGCCCGUAAAGAGCGGGCCAAAGAUGGUGAAGAGUGGUUCACUAGCGACUCGCAGCCACAAAGUGACAGGAGACCAUUUUCAGUGAGAGCUGACGACUUCAGGCGACAUGAGUGACAGCGACCAUGUAGAGCAAUAUCAGCAACUACCGAUAGGAGGGAAGAUGGUUAUCCAUAUCCAGUGAUAUACUGAGUCAAGUGCAGGAAAGAUGGAGAAUGUUGAUGUUGUCAUUGAUUUCACUGUUCUAUAUCAUUUGUCUGUAACCACAUACAUGGAUAUAAUAACAAAAAUAAAAUUACGUGUUGAAAACCGUGUCAGACACUGUCGGCAUUCUGAGUAAGUUUAAUUCAUAAAUUCAUUGAUUGUUCAUGUUGUUAAUGAUAUGAUGCAUUGAGCACUGCUGCAGUUCAUAUUAAAACACUCUCCCCUGCAGAAUGUUCAUUUUUAGAGGCAAAACAACAUGAUUUCUUGUCAAAUAAGAAUGAAAAUUAGUUUUGCCGGCAGUACAUCUCAUCUGUGAUCAGAUUAUCUAAAGCUAUGGCCAGUUGUGCAGCCAACCAAUAAUGUUAGAACGACAGCAGUAGGAACGGCCACUAGCGACACAGAAUACAGAGAGUAACGACAUGAUUUCAUUAAUAUUCAAUAAAAACUGGCAACUUCCAGCAAAACGACAAUGACCUCUGGGCGUGUUGAGAAAAGUGUAGCGGCUGCGACUACCAAUAGGAGAGAAGAUGCAUCAAUGAAGCUCAUGUCAUGCGUCUUCUAGUCGAGUGCAGGCAACACAGAGGAGAAGGUAAAGUUUCUGUGAGCAUUUUCACUGUUAUGUAUGAUUUGUAUGUAACCAUAUACAUGGAUAUAAUAUAAAUGAUGCGUGGAAAAGAAUCUGUCAGCAGUCUGAGUGAGUUUAAUUCAUACAUUGAUAGAUCAUUCAUCUAGAUCGGAUGCAAUAAGCACUGCUGCAUUUCAUUUUAAAACACUCUCCACUGCAGAAUGUUCAUUUGUAGUGAAUAGAAAACCAAUUCCUUGUCAAAUUAGAAUGAUAUCUUAGUUUUGCUGGCAGUAUGUCACAUCUGUAAACAGAUUUUUUUUAAAGAUAUGGCCAGACAGGCAGUCCACCAAAAACAUUAAGAGCGACAGCAGUAGGAACGCCCACCAGCAACUUUACAGUACAGAGACUAGUGACAUCAAGUAAUAAAGCCGCUGCAUGUGUGAAUGGGGAUUCAGAAAUGGUGUACCCCUCAUGUGAGGUGGAUAAACAAUGCAAUUGCCUAAGAAAAAUACAUUUAUAACAGGAUAAUGCAGUAAAAUAUAGGCCUAAAUGAGCAAUUUAAAAGGGGUUUUGUUCAUUUGCUUAACUUUUUAUUUGUAUUUUUCCAUGGUAUGGUUGACAUUUCCGUGGAAUUGCCCAUAUGCUGUAUUUUAACCUGGUUACCUCUUCAAUCUUACU